AUGUAUUUAAUAACGCCGACGAUUUCGGGCAGAAUUACUGAACGAUUUGGCGCUAAAUGGAUCACAAGUAUCACAAUUAUGACAUCGGGUGCUAUACUCGCACUCAUACCCACAGCUGCUUACUAUAGUGUCAACUUGCUGAUUGCCCUGUUAGUGAUCCAGGGUCUGUUUCACGGCUGUGUAUUCGCAUCACUCUUCUCGCUAUACGCCCACUGGUUUACUCCGAUGGAACGCACGUAUGCCAUAUCGGGAAUAGCAGCAGGGUCCAAUUUUGGUAAUCUGGUCACAUUCCCAUUGGCCGGUUAUUUGGCCGAAAAUGGUUUCGCCGACGGCUGGCCGUCCAUAUUCUACGUGGUGUUUAUGGCACACAUCCCGUGGUUUAUACUAUGGGUGCUAUGCGUCCAAAAUACACCCCUCGAUAGCAAUCGCUCGGCACUAAUUCGGUGCUCCGAUAGUGAGCUUAAUUAUAUUAAAAACAAUACUAAUUCAUUCGGAGCGCCAAAAGUGUUUGGUAUACCAAUCAUUCAAAAUGGUCUGUUCAACGCCAUGACAUCGCUGGCCACAGGCGUAACAAUGGCCGUAUGCGGUCCCCUAUCGGCGUAUGUCAUCCGUAAGUCAUCGGCGAAACUGUCGAAAACAGCGGUCAGAAAGAUAUUCGCGACGACGGCUCUGAUGGGACCGGCGGUGUGUCUGACAAUCAUCACAGCCAUCGGGUGUGACUCGACAUCAGUGAUAGCUCUACUCAUUACAGCCCUAUUUUUCUACGGCUUUAUGACUGGCGGCGAGUUCUCUAUGAUUAGUGAAUACGCGCCCGACUUCUCGGGAACCGUCUUUGGUAUAGCGGCCACACUAUCCGUGUUUCCGGCAUUUCUGGCCCCAUAUGUUGUCGGACUCAUACUCGACGAUAGUCCAAACGAUAUAAGCCGUUGGAAUGUUGUGUUUUAUAUAACAAUAGGCGUCUAUAUAUUGGGAACCGUUGUGUUUUUGGUCUUUGCGUCGGCCGAACCCCAGCCCUGGGGUCUCAUCGAUAAAGUCAACAAUUUGUCAAAUGAUGAACAAGUGUUUGAAAAUAUUGAUAAAUCUAGAAAUACUGUCAAAGAGACGGCCAAUCAAUUGUGCAAAUCUAUGCAAACGUAA